CUAAAUAAAAGCGGCGCCGUUCGGUGGCUGUCAAAGGAAGCUUGUAGCCAGGUUAGGCAAGCGUCAUAAAGAUCGCGAGCGCUGUGCAUUACGAGUCGACGUAAGCCGUGGCACAUCCUCGCUCGCUUGCCUUGGCAGCACCAGAGUCCAGUAAAGCAGUCAGUGCCAGUGUCACUUCCGAAAUUGUCUACGUGUCGCAAGGAUAGUAUAUUGUGCGCGAGCAAUCUGCAAAAUCAGACUUAAAGAAGUCGCUUAACACACAGUGUCAAGUGGUAGAAUCAAAGAGAAUCUUCAGUAAACGACAUGACCCGAGCGACCGGGGGCAAAUGUUUAUCGGGAGUAACGAAACGCGACGUCGAAUCGCGAUAGAUAGGAGAGCCGGAUAGCUUGGAGCUAUCUGUCGGUGGUGGUGCGAGGGCGCGAGGCCGCGACCCUGAGCCCGAUCCGCGACACCGAGCCAACGAGCCAGGCAAGCUAGCUAGCCAACAGCAGCAGCAAGCAAACAAGCAAGCAAAGUAGCAAACGUGUCGUUACAUCUGCGGAUAAGGAACUGUAUGCCAAAGCAAUUUUGAACAAGUUCAUUUCAACAUUGGAAGAGACAUACGGUGUAUACAUAUCGUAUAUAUCGGUAUUCGCUGUUACUUAUUAGCCUGGCGAAAAUCGGCGGUCCGAGCCGAACUAAGCCGAGCCGGGCGUGUACUCGCGGGAGAGUGUCUUGUUCUUUUCUGUCUUGUCUUGGGAUACGUCGUAAGUGAGAGCGCUUUCGUGGAAGCUAACUACGUCGAGGAACAGUCGGGAGAGUCUUUAAGGAUAAGGGGUUCGUGUGUAGAUUUUAAAGUCGUUGUGUGUUUAUCGUGUAUCGUCGAUUUUUAGUGUUAAGAAAAAUGCCGCUCUUUGGCAAGAAGGAUUCGAACAAGAAACUCAAGAAGGAUGGAAAGGACGACAAGUCUCCGUCCGUCGAUGACAAGUACAUCCUCAAAGAACUCCUUGGGACGGGUGCCUUUUCGGAGGUUCGACUAGCUGAAAGUAAGGACAAACCAGGACAAAUGUUUGCAGUGAAAAUUAUUGACAAGAAAGCGCUGAAGGGGAAGGAAGACUCUUUAGAGAAUGAAAUCAAAGUACUGCGAAGGUUCAGUGAAACAGUGACACCACACAGUGGUGAUGGGCCGCUCAAGUCGGAUAGUAGUGGCGAAAGAGGAUGGUUAACCCAUCCGAACAUCGUACAGCUUCUGGAGACGUUCGAGGACAAACACAAGGUCUAUCUGGUGAUGGAACUGGUCACCGGUGGCGAACUCUUUGACAGAAUUGUGGAGAAGGGUUCCUAUACGGAAAAGGACGCUUCUGGAUUGAUAAGACAAGUACUGGAGGCUGUGGAUUACAUGCACGAGCAGGGUGUCGUUCAUAGGGAUUUGAAACCUGAGAAUCUACUUUAUUACAGUCCCGAUGAGGAUAGUAAGAUAAUGAUCAGUGACUUUGGCCUAUCGAAGAUGGAGGAUUCUGGAAUAAUGGCCACUGCUUGCGGUACUCCGGGAUACGUCGCACCUGAAGUCCUGGCGCAGAAGCCAUAUGGGAAGGCUGUGGACGUUUGGAGCAUAGGCGUCAUCUCCUACAUACUCCUAUGUGGUUAUCCUCCCUUCUACGAUGAGAACGAUGCCAAUCUAUUUGCACAAAUUUUAAAAGGUGAAUUUGAAUUCGAUUCGCCGUACUGGGACGAUAUCAGCGACUCCGCAAAGGAUUUCAUCCACAAGCUGAUGUGCGUCAAUGUCGAGGAACGUUACACCUGCAAGCAGGCAUUGGCGCAUCCCUGGAUAUCCGGCAACGCAGCAAGCAAUAAAAAUAUCCAUGGCUCCGUAGGAAAGUCUCCCUGUUGUGUCAUGGUUGCAGCAAGCAUAUCACGCGGCCACGGUUAUACGUCAGAUGCAGCGGUUGGCGCUCAACAGCGGCCAACAGCAGCAGGGACCAGGAUCGACAGGCCCCUCCAGCGUCAACCCGCGCCCCGAACAAUCCCAACUCAACCCCAACAACCAUCAUCACCACCAACAGCAACAGCAGCAGCAGCAACAACAACAACAACAACAACAACAACAACAACACAGAGUCCCGGGGCCACCAUCGACCAACUACAAUUGAAGCACACUCCCGUGCCACCAACGUCCUUGCCAAACAUGGUGGCCCUGUCUCCAUCCUCUCCUUUCUCGCCGCCUUCGACCUCACCGACGUCUUCGCCGUUACCUUCUUCUAAUGCACCGCCCGACUUUCCCUUAUACGUGCGCAACAAACGCUUCAAACUGUGGGGUAGCACGCGUACCGCUAUCUCUACGUUAUUCCGCGCUAAUGUUUCCUAUCUUAGAAAGCAGAGGAGACACAAGAAAAGCUGAAUAUUAUGGCUCGAACAGCUUAUACGACGCUCGUGCGUGUCGUCAUGCACGAUAGAGAGGCUUCGUUGAACGAAGCGUCUAAACUUCUCGCGUUCGAUUCGAUCUGCGCUGUUGCGGUUAUGUUGAUUACGGCGAUGACGAUGAUUGUGGCGACGUUAUGUUAUUAUUGUCAUCCUUGUGUCGUAAUCGGUUCUACUCGGCAUUAACCGCUUCGACGAUGGUCUCGUGGUCAGGUCUUCGUUGAAAAGCCCGCGCGAUAUAGGCGAUUGUCCUUGCGCUUCUUUAUCUCUUUCUCAUUGCUGCACUACGCUCGAAUAAUGUAAAUCGAGGGUCUCUUUAAGCGGAUGGAACUGCUACGAUUUAAAAUCUUAAGUAGCUCCGCCCGAUUUUACUCUAUCUAUUUACUAUAUCCGUUUCGAUCUCUACUGAUUCUCAUAGAUACUGUUAAUAAGUCGGCUUUUGAUUAUCCGUGUAAUACUACAAUCGCUUUCGUCUGACUUCUUCUUCGAGGGACACCUUGAUGAGGAUUGUUAAACUUUUAAGGAGUUUUUAAGAGGUCGCGACUCCAUUGGGAAAAUUUUAAAGACCUUUUCUUCCAUCGCGAUAUACACUUUAAGAUGAAAUACCUGUUCUGUAGUACUCACUCGCUCUAAAAAGCGGAUGCGCAGUUAAUCUCGAGCGAUGAAGCAAAUGUGUACAUAUAUUCCUAAAAAUACGUUAAUGGAAAACUUAUACAAUGCACUAUAAUGCCUCGCAAUGUAUUGUGUACACGUUAUACUGAUUAUUCGAGUCUUCCGAAAAUGCUGGUGGAUCGAUUGGCUCGUCGACGAAUUCGUGUCACGGAUUAACUUUAAAGAAUAAUAAACGAUCAUUUUCUAUCUGCACUGUUACUGAACGACGACGGCUUAAAAUAUUUGUGGAGUUAUUCAACGUGGAAAAUAUUGAAAGCGCUCCACUGGCGAUUUUCGGUUAUUCGCUCGAUGAGAAAACAAAAAUGGUGCUCGUUAUUCAGCCCUGGUUCGCUACGACCCUAAACGAGACACGAAUGAUACUUGUGUACUUUCAACGCUGCGAAUUUCAAUGGUACCUUAGCCUUUUGAGUAGACAUCGACUUGCCGAUUUACAAUUUUCUCUCCCCCUAUCCGACUUGCGAUUCCUUGUCCUCCACUUCCUCGAUAGAUUUCGAAAUCUUUUGUCGACGCUGUCAAUCUCGAUCUCGUUGACUCUAUUAGAUGCCAUAAAUGUUCCUUGCAAUUGCUGUGCUAUUGUGAUAAAGUCGCGUAAGCUUGCAGCGAGCCACGGGCGUCCAUUUUCAUUGUUCGUUUUACCUUCGUCGUGACACCUUCAAGACCCAACGGCAAGGGAACGUCUCUGGGUCUCAGGUGGCGUUGUCGGAGGAGCUUCCCCCUGCAGUUGGCAGGUGGCGGCGGGGGGAGAGGGUAAACUACAUCAGCGACAAUUAAAGAGAAAAGUAUUUGACAGACGGAUAAAAUAUAAACUAGCUUACCGCAUGAGCGUGUACGUGUAUAUUAUUUUUGCACUCUUGGUGCAUCCGUCUGUCGACAUAUGUUCAUUAGAUCUGUUAUUAGCGAGAAACGAAGGUACGAACAAUAUAAAUGUAGAAAACUUCUGGAGAAACGCUAAUAGCUCCGAACUGUAGGAAAUAAGUAAGUUAAUUGCUCUUUAUCGAGCGGGCAUUCCUACGUCACUCUCUAAUUCUAUAUAUCUCUCAGCAGAUCAAAACUAAGUCCGUGAUAUAAUCACUUAAUAUGGAAUACCCGAACGCCGAACACGUCUGUCUCUGUGGAUCGGGCGCUAAUGAUGUACGAAGGGAUUUUAAUCGAUUCGCUAAGUUAAUACUUGACUCUUAAAAAUAAUUUUAAAGUUAACGAUAAACAUAAGGCAUACUUAUAUAAAUAUAAAUAUAUAUAUAUAUAUAUAUUCUUUAUUAAAUGCCAUAAAUAUAUAAGUAAUUCAAAGAAAAGCGAGGAAAAAUUAAGAGUAACCAGGUUUAUAGGAAAGCGUACGAAGACCGAGAGCUAUAAACUGUGCUUUUUACGAUCAUUGUUCACAAUUGUUAUCGUGAUAACGAUAUGCCAAUCAAAUCGAUACGAUAAUGCUGUGCAUAUUUUAUCGCGCAAAUCGGUAGGCCGUUCUGGUGUGCCUUCGGAUGACACAAUGUCGAUGAUGAGCAUUUUUAAGGGAAACUUGUACUUUUAAGACCGUUAAGUUCAUUUUAUGAUGUUACUGUGUGUUUAAGUUUUUUUUUCUUUCUCUUUUUCCUUUUUGUUUUAUUAUAUAUAUAUAUUUUUUUGUUUCCUUCGUACUUACGACUUGUUAUACAGACGAAUUUAAUCGAUUCUUAGGAUACUUUUAAUCGGAGUAAGAGAAUCUCCUUUACUUAGACAACUCUUACUCCUGUGGCUCAAGGUCGCUGCACGCGGCUCGAAUUUUAUUUGAUUGUUUUACUAGGUACGUUUGUAAUUGUCAGCGACGUUCGUUUAUCGAGAGCGAUUGAUAAUAUAUGCUUGUAUCCAAUUAUCAUAGUUAUGCUCGAUACAAUGUGAAAUACAAUCGACAUACUUAUGUACACAGAUACAAAGAUAUCGCAGCAUACCGUGUAAUCGGAUAGUACAAAUGCCUAUAUUGUUGUAUGCAUAUAUAAAAAAAAAUAGGUAUCGUUUCUUAUUCGUAUUGUAACGUCUAUUAUGUACAGGACCUUCUGAAUCGUACAGCGUACAAAGAAAUGAUCAAAGAAACAAAGUAAAAACUUUAUCAACGAAUUUUCCCAUAUCAAGUCCCGUGAAUGAGAGGAAACAAAAAGCGACAAGAAACCUGCCGAACACUCGAAACUCGAUAGAAUUAAUUGAAGACAAACCGUUCCACUGCGAGAGACGCUGUUGAGAUCCAAUGAAGAUGAAUGUCAGGGUUCUUAAUUCUUAAAUUGCGAAAGUCUGAUAAAACGCUAUAGCGAUAAGGACUAAAUAAUGUAGAAGUACGCGCUGUAAAGGUAAUUGCGAUACUGUACUUAAAAUCGUAAUAAUUAUUUUCUAACCUCUCUUAUUUUUCUUUUGUCUUUCUAUCUGUUCUUCUACGCUCGAUGCGCUUUGGCUGCGCCGAAAAUUGUGCGCCGUGGUCGUCUCAUCGACAUCGUGUCAUCCGACUCGAAGAGUUCACUGCAGCUAAUUAUUAUAAAGAAAAUAAAGCAAGGGAAAAAAUGUAAAAGAAAGAAAAAAAAAGUAAUCGAGAUAUACCGUCGCUUGCCGAUAAAUCGCUGAAGCGUCUCUCAAAUUCUAAAGGAAAGUAAAAACAGGAGGUUUUAGCUUGUAUCGAACGUUACCGUGCCACAUAAGUGAACAUAUCGGCAGCGAGCAUUGUAAAUGUGAUGUAAAAUUAAGGUGAAAUUAAAUGACGAUUUAACGAAGCACUAACGCAGUCUGAUAAGGGAAACAUAAAGAGAAAUUAUGAAGCUCAGACUGACUGUUGAGUAGGGAGACGGAGUUAUCGCUGUUACUAAACUGUCUGAAUGAUUAUUGUUAAAUUAUACGUAUAAAGCACC